AUGCCAGAGAUACAUGAAGUUAGCGGUGCUGAAGAAGAAGAUGUCCAAUCUGAAGAAGAUCUCCUAGACGAUGACGAGUUUGAGACUGACUCUGAAGCCGAUUCUAUAUCCGAGGAAGGAAUCCUAGAUAGGUUGCUCGCUCUUGAAGAUGCCAUCCCUCAAUCUGUCAAAUCUGCAUUCUCCACCUCGCUCUCCUUCUCCCUCGCCGGUCUGCGAUGGGCUGGCUCAGGCCUGUGGAUCCUAUCUACUGCUGCCAUGCUACUUGCUCUCCCUGUCGCACUAGAGGGUGAAAAAGAACAAGCUGCAAUCCAACAGGAACAAAUGGCAAAGACCGCUUCAUCUGUUCCUAUGGCGCCGCCUUCUGCUCUAUAA